GUCUCAGUGCCAACAAUAAGUCCUUCAUAAGGAGGCUAACGCAGAAAACUGAGUCUGUCCAGUCGUAUUUCUUGGAUAAGUUUUACACUUUGGGGCUGAGAAUGUCCGCUCCACAGAAGCAGUUUUUCUAAUUUGUCUGCAAAUCGUCGCGCUCCCGUCUCCUGUAAGCGCGCGCGCGAGGGUUUCCUGGUGCGCGCGCUUGGCACGGCGCCGCGCACCCCAGCCCCUGUGUGUAGUAACCCAGAGCAGCAGAGCUCUUAGCUAGACAUGGCGGCGGAUCCUAAGCCGGACUGGCUCUCCUGCCUUCCCUCUUCUUGGAGUUAUGGGGUGACUCGGGAUGGACGCAUAUUCUUCAUCAACGAAGAAGCAAAGAGUACAACCUGGUUGCAUCCUGUUACUGGAGAAGCUGUAAUCACGGGGCACAGAAAAACUCCAGAUUUACCAACAGGAUGGGAGGAAGGAUACACAUUCGAGGGGGCUCGCUGCUUCAUCAAUCACAAUGAGCGAAAGGUGACCUGUAAGCACCCAGUGUCCGGCGUUCCGUCCCAAGACAACUGCAUCUUUGUUGUAAAUGAACAACCGGCUCCUAAGGCUUCAUCAGAGCAGGGCAGCAGCAGUGACAAGAAGGAGCGUCCCAUGAGCACCAUGAGCGAGGCUUCAAACUACACAGGGGGCUCCGACUACAGCACCUUUCGCAGCCCUGCCACCACAGUCACUACAGCCACCACCACCUCCACCUCAUCCACACGGCCCUCUCGGUCUUCCAAAAAAGUUCACAACUUUGGCAAGAGGUCCAACUCCAUCAAAAGGAACCCCAAUGCCCCAGUGGUCAAGAGCAACUGGCUUUACAAACAGGACAGCACAGGCAUGAAGCUGUGGAAGAAGAGAUGGUUCGUUCUGUCAGACAUGUGCCUCUUCUACUACCGAGAUGAGAAAGAAGACAGCAUCCUGGGAAGUAUCCUGCUGCCCAGCUUUCACAUCUCAAUGUUGUCGGUGGAUGACCACAUCAGCAGGAAAUACGCCUUCAAGGCUACUCACCCCAACAUGCGGACGUAUUAUUUCUGCACUGACACAGCCAAAGAGAUGGAGUCUUGGAUGAAAGUCAUGACGGAUGCUGCCCUCGUCCACACCGAACCAGUCAGAAGAUCAGACAAGUUGAAAGUGGACCAGCGAACGCCUCAGGAGUUGAACAACUUACUGAACCACAGAGUCUUAACCAGGCCUGAGAUCCAGAACAAUGAACGCAACCGCAAUGAACCUGCGCGACAACACUCCCUGUCUUGGGUCGAAGACAAACGGCAAAAAGAUGCAGAGAAACACAACGGCCAGAGGGAGCGUGAAUAUUACACUUUACAGAGAGAUGGAGAGAGGUACUCUCUGAAAAAAGACGGGGUGAGCUAUAUGCUCCAGAAGGACGGAGAGAAGUAUCUCCUCCAUAAGGAUGGAGAGAAGUACUUGCUGCGAAAAGACGGAGAGAAAUACUCGCUGCAGAAAGAUGGAGAGGUGUAUGCCAUUCACAGGGAUCGAGAGAAGUACACUGUUCAGAAGGUGGAUGAAAAGUACACAGUGGUGCCGACGGAGGAGAAAUAUGCUCCAACUAAAGAUGGAGAGAAGUAUUUGCUCACGAAGGAUGGAGAAAAAUAUGCACUGCAGAAAGUUGGAGAACGGCACAUGCUCCAAAAAGAUGGACAGAAAUCUGUUCCUCAAAAGGAAGUGAAGAGACAGCUGUCAUUAAAGGAGACAGACAGGUACAGCACAAUGAGGGAGAUGGAUCAUAAAUAUGGUACCAUACAUGUUGUGGACAAAUACGGCACUCUGAAGGAAGUGAGGAAAUAUAGUACGCUACGAGAGGGCGAUAAAUAUGCUACUCUCAGAGACGCAGAGAAGUAUGCUACAGUCCGUGACGGCGAUAAAUACGGCUUCCAGAGAGAUCAGAGCACAGAGAGGUCACUGACGAAAAUCAGCAGCAUCAAGCUGCAGCCAGCCCAGGCCGCCGCCAUCGCAGCCGCAGUGUCUGCGUCACGCCAGGGCCAGGCCAACCUCAACGCCCAAAAGCCCACACAGGUUAACGGUUCAGGGACCGGGGCUGGACAGCAGACCGGGGACUGCAGCCCGGCAGAGGUGGAUGGAAGUCUGGCCACGUGUCCGGUAAAGUCCCCUCCUCCGGUGCAGGAACCAGAGAAAGGUCUGUCCAGGACCAACUCCAUGCAGCAACUGGAGCACUGGGUCCGCACACACAGGUCUAGAGGACUGGAUGACGACAGCAGGAGCAUUACAUCCUACCAGACCUUACCCCGGAACAUGCCCAGCCACCGUCCUCAGAUUGUGCCCCGCUACCCAGAGGGCUAUCGCACACUGCCCCGCAACAGCAUGAUGAGGCCCGACAGCAUCUGCAGCGUGGCGGGGUCCGUGUAUGACCGCGCCCUCCGUCCCGCCUCCACCACCACCACCACCGUCACCACGGCGGAGAAGAGGAGGUCGAUGAGGGACGACACCAUGUGGCAGCUGUAUGAGUGGCAGCAGAGACAGGCCUUCUCCAGGCAAAGUCUGGCUCAGCCAACAGCUGUGGGUCAUUAUGGAACCCUUCCCAACACAAAGACCAUGGGCAACAUCUCUGAACACGCUGUGACCCACUCCAUCCCCACCUCGCCGUCUCACGGCUCCCUGGCCCUCUACAGCACCUUCUCCCCUCCCCGGCAGCAGGUGGCCCACAACCCCAGCAGCUCCCACUCCGAGGUGUCCUCACCGGUCUUCAGGGGGGACGUGACACUGGACCGCAGGCACAGGACACACCUCGCCAAGUACGGCUACCCAACUGACCGACGAUCAAUUGCAGCCGGCGUCCCUCCUCAGACCAUUACCCCACAGUCCCUGCAAGGCAAGACGCCUGAGGAGCUGACCCUACUGCUGAUCAAGCUCCGCCGGCAGCAGGCGGAGCUCAACAGCCUGCGGGAGCACACUGUAGCUCAGCUAAUGGCCCUGGGUAUGGAGGGGCCCAACGCCAAGACUGAUGUUCUUUCCCAUCACCUCCAGAGGAACCUUAUUUACCUGGACAGCCAGACGAAGGAGAAUGAGCCUCUAAUCUUCAUGAUUCACACUAUGAUCGAGAACUCUGCACCGAGGCCACAACUCUACCAGCAAAUCAGCCCAGACGACUUUAAAGACAGCUCCUUCAUCCAACGCACAGAGGACGCCGACAUAGAUACCAAGCUGAGCAGACUGUGUGAGCAGGACAAGGCAGUGAGGAUGCAGGAGGAGAAACUGCAGCAGCUACACAGAGAAAAGCACACUCUGGAGACGGCCCUGCUGUCAGCCAGUCAGGAGCUGAGUGAACAGAGCGGCUCCAACGCUGCAGCCACGCAGAGCCUGGUCCAGCAGAGGGACGUGCUGCAGAACGGCCUGCUCAGCACCUGCAGAGAGCUGUCCAGAGUCAACACUGAGUUGGAGCGCUCCUGGAGGGAGUACGACAGGCUGGAGGCAGAUGUCACUCUGGCCAAGUCCAACCUGCUGGAGCAGCUGGAGGCCCUGGGUAGCCCACAGACAGAGCCUCCAAGCCAGCGGCACAUCCAGAUCCAAAAGGAGCUGUGGAGGAUCCAGGAUGUGAUGGAGGCUCUGACCAAAAAUAAACCACAGAGGAGCACAGACAACACAGAUUUUCCUGGUUCCAAACCUCUCUCCAGUAUCCAGAAGAACGAAGCAGUGACGCUGCUGCCACUCAGUCCCCUCGAGGAGGGCAACAGCGUGCCCCCCCGCCCUCCCCUUCCCCAGUACUACGACUCAUCAGAGCGCCCCCCUCACGUGCCCCCCCACCACUCACACCCGAGCGGCCGCCUGCCCUCUCACACGCUCCGCCCCGAGGACCGCAAGGCUGGCUCUAGGAACGGAGCACACAGCCAAGCUCCAGACUAUCGGCUGUACAAGAGUGAGCCUGAGCUCACCACAGUGAAGGAGGAAGUGGAUGAGGCCAACGGUGAGGACAAGGAAAAGACAGAAACCUCUGCUGAGAGUAAAGACACUGCAGCUGCAAAAGUGCCCCCCCACCCAGUGGGCAUUGUCCCUCCCAGGACCAAAUCUCCCAUGAGCCCUCCCGAGUCCUCCACCAUCGCUUCCUACGUCACGUUGAGGAAGACCAAGAAGCCUGAAUCCAGAUCGGACCGUCCCAGGAGUGCAGUGGAUCAGAUGGGUUUUGGGGAGCGAGAGGUGGGCAGGACGAGGAUGAGUGUGGAGGAGCAGCUGGAGAGGAUGAGGAGAAACCAGGAGGCUUCGUCGCUCCGAGAGAAGAGGAGGGAAACCCCAUCCCGCUCACCCUCCUUCAGCAAAGACAACCCUUUUACUAUCCUGCAGACGCGUGCCCAGGCGGAGGGUGCCUGUGCAGACCCGCUGGAGCUGGAAGCAGCUCUGCAGCAGCUGAAGGUGGCUCACAUGGAGCAGAGCAGGACGGCUGCUGAGGCUGCUGGGACUCACACAGAGAGAGCACUGACUGCUCCACAGGUUCAUGGGGAGGUGCAGAGAGCAGGGGAGGUGAAAAAUGACGAAUAUGAGGAAACACAGCAGGACAGGGGUGUGACCCUGCAGAGUGUGAAGGAGCCACAUGCAGAUAAUGAGUUGUGUGCAAGUCAGAGGGUGGUGAUUCUGGACCUGGGCACAGAGCCUCAGCGUGUGGAGAUAGUAAACCUGGAGCCCUUUGAGGAUGACGAAAGCAGAGAGCAAGAUCUGACAAGCUCACCUACAAACACCACCACUGAAAACAGCUUCCAGACCCCUGAGCCUGAGACGCCCAGCCCAGAGCCCAAGGAGGAGGAGGCCGACGUGACGCAACAAACCACCAGAGAGGAGAAGCUGGAGAGGAGCCUGGAUUCUUACAGCCAGCUCACGGCAGACGACAAGAAACACAACAACAACAACAACAACAUGUUGGCUUCGCAGACGUUCACCUUGGUGAGCAGCGACACGUGAGCAACGCCCAGGCCUGAUUUCCGCACUGGCGUCCCCGUAGAGCCCAAAUGUAGCCAGCCUGCACAGCGCAUGCUCCACGGCUUCCUGCGUUUACAACAGAACUACUUUGAUACUACUGUUACAUGCCCACAAGGAGACUGACACUGAGUGGAUGAUAGCCCCUUGCUAACAAACUGACCAACACGCAGAGGGGGCCGCCAUCACAUCCAGACAGAGAAAGGCAGAUGUACUGUAUCUUUAGCACCUAUUAGAUCUGUCCAUACUGAUAUGUCCUGAAGCUAAACAUUAACUCCAUGUUGUCAUAUUUGUCCCAAAACAUUUAUGCAUAUAAGAUUGUGAAAUGGUUUAGUUCUUUAAAAAAAAAAAGGUCACAACUGAUGUUUUUAUGAGCUGAAAUUACAACAAACAACAAAAUCAUUUUGCUCCAAGAGUUAGCAGCUAGCAGUAACAGGCAGCCAUAGCGUAUGAUUCACAUCAUUUUCCUAAUCAUCAAACCAUUCAGUGAGCCCUCUUGUCCUAUGGAUGGGGGCUCUGUGAUCCUGUUUCUCUCUGGAGUGUUCGUUGCACAGGGUUAGUACUACAUCUGUUUCAGAGACAGGAACGCCCCUGUCCACACUGUUUCACGCCUGGAGGCAGGUGUGAUCAGUACAGUCACAAUCUGGUCAGCUGGUCUCUGAAGCUGGUUUCAUUUUGGCUACAGUUGCUGAGUAUCACCCCAUCCCCCACUCAACUCCAGUGCCAGUCAGCUAUCACAUAAGUAUUGUUGUUCUGCAUCCGAGUGCACCUGCAUAUCCAUACACUCAGGAGGCACCUGGUUGAUUUGAGAUCUCCCAGUAAACACAAAGAAGAAGAGUACACACUUGUUGACUGCCUUGGAGAGAGCACUGUUUCUUUUCCUGAAUCUGACAUUCAGUUAUGGUUGAAUAUCAACUCAUUACACAACUUCACCCACUACUAUCACUUGCUGGUAUGAGUAAUAGGCCUAGUAGAAGUAAGUCAAGCACAUUCUCAGUUGGUGUUUGUUUUUGCUUAAAUGGACAGAAUGUCUAGAAAAAGCUGGGAACCUGGAGGCUUCAGGAUUGCUUAGGAUGUAGUGCUGCUGGCCUUAUCAGACCAUGACCUACAUGCCCACCGGGACAGUUUACAGCUGGGUGUGAAGCAGCCAGGAUUAGAGUCUGCAACCUCCGAGUCUGACAGUGUGGUAUACUGGAAAAUAGAGUGAGCUGGUUUUGGAGGGCGGGUUUGGGAGUGAGGCGUUGACCCAGGUGAAGGAGUCAAUCUUGCAGGCGUUCAUGUGUGAUGAGGAUAAUGGAGAGCAAUACUGGAUAGUGGAUUGCAGUGGCCUGUUGAGAUGAAACAGGGGCUGACGCUUAAAGUGAAGUCAGUUUACAAGAUUGUGGAUGUCAGCAGACAAAAUGAGUUUCCUCAGACAGGAUGAGGAGCUCAGACAUCCACAAGAAGCCUGAUGAAGACGCAUCCUGAACAGGAUACUUAUACAAUCCUUAUCCUUAUACAAGCCACUGGUUAAUGUAUUUAGAGUGCAUCAUUACUUUGUUUUUUACUGCUGAAUAUUUAUCACUGCAUUCUAUUUCACAGUUGUUACGGAAUGUUACCUGUAAAAUAGCCAGCUAAUCCAGGUGCAGACUGCAAUAUGAACUCAGAUCAUUAUCAUUAUUAUUAUUAUUAUUAUUAUUAUUAUUAUUAUUAUUAUUAUUAUUAUUAUUAUUUAAUUUGGCAUUUUUGCCAUUUAUCUCAUCAGGAUGAAUUACAUAGAACUAAAAUGGUCAACAUUACUAUUAUACUACAGUCUCUCCACUCCUUGGGUCAGCUAGUCCAUUACCUUAUGUUACCACAGACCCUAACUGGGUGUCAGUUUUCUUUUUUUCUCUCAUUCUAUUUUAAGAGUUAGAUCUAUGAAUACAAAGACUUAAACCAUUUCACAAUCUUAUCUGUAUGUAUGACUUGUUUUGGGUAUAGCUCCAUAUAAACAUGUUGCCAAAUACAUACAUACACGUCAAUAUACAAACCUUUUGAUAUCUUACUAAGUAUUAAAGUCAUCUUAACAUAAUAAUUAUUAAUAUUAGAAUAUUCCGACUGAUCUGGAGGGGGUGAUGUUAGCUGUUACUGGAUUGCUGGAGGUGAGUGUACAGCUGUAUAUAGGAGCACUUGAGAAGUCUCACCGCAGAUGGGCUAAGCACCAAAACUCGACACACAUGCAGUGCUUUACUUUAACCCCAAAGUGACCGCUGAUGGUCUUUGAUUUUAACCUGCUCUGAUUUUAAUCCUUUGUGUUGAUUUGAGACCAGAGGCUCCCUUAUCGCUCUAUUUUCACAUCCUUUGCACCUGCAACAUAACAGACUGUCCUUCACAGGAUAUACAUAUAUAAAUAUAUAAAAAAGUAUAUAUAUGAACAUAAAGCAGAUUUUUACUUCAACAAGGUGCCACUUCAUGCUGCUGUUUCUCUCUUUUUUUUUUUGGACAGAACUAAGUAUCUUGUAGAAGUUGUGAUUAUUUAUGUCCAGCAGACGGUCUGAAUCUCCUGAGGUUUGUUGGAUGACACACACAGUAUGUGAAUGCUUUGGAUUUCCAGUCUGCUUUUUCAGCUGUCUCUUUUUGUUUUUUUUGUUCUUUGGUUUACAUUACUUAAAGAUAUAGAGUAAAGAAGCUGAGGACAUGACGCAGAUUAGACAUUCUGGGUUCGAAUCUGUUCUAGGUGGUGAAGAAUUGGAGAAUAGCACAUGUACGAAGCAAUAAGUAGGACUUUGGAGCUCCAGGACAUAAAAGACAUUUAAAAGAGAUGUAUAAACUGUAAAAAAAAAAAAAAAAAAAUUAAACAAGAUAGCAUAAUUUAUGUACACACAGAAAAGAAAAAGAGCGAAUAUUAUAAGAGGUUAUUAUUAAUAUUAUUAGGGUCAAUAUGCAAAAAGUUCAUACCCAUCUGUUUUAUAUCAUGUGAAAUAAAUGUUGAUGUUCUUAAAA